UCCUCCCCCUUCCUGUCUUGCCGGUUCAAAACUCGGGCCAUGUCCGUCCGUCCCGAUUCCUAACGUACACCAAUCCCCAUGGCUCUUCAAGAUCCGUCUCUUUCCUCGCCCCGUUUCGCCAUCACGCAUUGAUCUUUCCCCCCUCGCGCUCUCCUCCUCCUCCUCCUCCUCCGCCGUAACCUCCUCGCCAUGGUCUCCCCCGAUCGCCCGUGACGAUACCCUCUUCGGCUUCUCGGUCUCGUUGCAUCGAAAUUGUCAUUAAAAAUGGAGCUUUUGACUUGGGUCGCGGUGCUUUGGAUCUGGCUCGGCUUCUUGGCUUCUGGGUCGUCUUCGAUCGACGGCUUUCACCAAGCGUUUCCUGUUGUGGAACCUGAUCCUGGUCAUACAAAACUGCGUCUUGCAAGGGAAGGCUUGGAGAUUAUCAAGAGGAUAAAGAACCCUAUUGCUGCUGUCGCUGUAAUUGGUCCUUACCGUUCUGGAAAAUCUUUUCUACUUAAUCAGCUACUCUCCCUUUCAUGUUAUGAGGGAUUUGGUGUUGGACACAUGCGUGACACAAAAACUAAGGGAAUAUGGGUUUGGGGACUCCCUAUUGAACUUGAUAUUGAUGGAGUAAAAACAUCAGUCUUUUACCUUGACACGGAAGGAUUUGAAAGUGUUGGCAAGUCGAAUGUAUAUGAUGACAGGAUUUUCGCUCUCGCAACUGUUAUGAGUUCCGUGCUUAUUUAUAACCUCCCUGAAACGAUACGUGAAGCUGAUAUAUCUCGGCUUUCAUUUGCUGUUGAGCUUGCUGAAGAGUUUUAUGGGAGAGUUAAGGGUCAAGAUGUUGCUUUUGAACCUGCGAAGCUAUUGUGGCUUAUCCAACGUGAUUUCUUGCAAGGGAAAUCCGUACAAGAAAUGGUGCACGAAGCUCUUAGACGAGUUCCUAAUACUGAUGGAGACAAGAAUAUUGAUCAAAUUAAUCAGAUUCGGGACUCACUGGCUAUCAUGGGUGAUAAUAGCACAGCCUUCAGCUUGCCUCAACCACAUCUGCAACGGACAAAGCUUUGUGACAUGAAAGAUGAUGAGCUUGAUCCCACAUAUGUUAAGAAAAGGGAGCAAUUGAAAGAGCUUGUUGCGAGUGUCAUACGUCCAAAGAUUGUGCAAGGCAAAACACUGAAUGGAAAGGAGUUUGUUGCUUUCUUAGAGCAGAUACUCGAAGCGUUAAAUAAAGGGGAAAUUCCAUCAACAGGCUCUCUGGUGGAGGUUUUCAAUAAGAAAAUCCUUGAGCAGUGUUUAAAGCUAUAUAGUGAUAUGAUGGCAAAAGUGGGUUUACCUCUCUCUGAGAAAUCUUUGCAAGAGGCCCAUGAAAGGUCUAGGGUUCUAUCUAUGAAAGCUUUUGAUGAUCAACAUUUUGGCCGCCAUCAUGCUAAGAAGUCAGCAAUGCAACUAGAAGAAGAAAUGGACAAGGUUUACAAAAAUAUCAUUUUGGUUAACGAGUAUCGGUCCUCAAAGCUUUGUGAGUCACUUUAUACAAGAUGUGAGGACAAGAUGGAUCAGCUUCAGGUUCUCAGACUUCCUUCCAUGGCAAAGUUCAAUGCCGGUUUCCUAAAAUGCAACCAAAGUUUUGAACAUGAAUGCGUUGGACCCUCCAAAACAAAUUAUGAGCAACGCAUGAUGAAGAUGUUAGGGAAGUCACGGACUCUAUUUAUUAAGGAAUACAACCACAGACUCUUCAAUUGGCUGGUCGCUUUCUCUCUGGUGAUGGUAGUGGUUGGCCGGUUCAUUAUCAAAUUUAUUUUGAUUGAAAUAGGAGCAUGGAUAAUGUUCAUCUUCUUGGAGACAUACACCAGAAUGUUUUGGUCAGCAGAGACCCUUUAUUACAACCCAGCCUGGCACUUUAUAGUGGCUACCUGGGAAACUCUCGUUUACAACCCCAUUCUCGAUUUGGACAGAUGGGCGAUUCCCAUUAUCCUAUUGGGUGCGAUAUUUAUACUUUAUUGGCGGUGUUAUGGGAGAAGGAAGCAUGGUUCACGUUCACUCUUACCUCUGUAUAGCAAUCAGAAAGGCGGCUCAGCCCGUCCGAGGACAGAUUAGACAAACGACGAGAAACAGUCUCUCUUCCACAUUUUGUAUUCCUGUAGAGGACCCUUCGGCGAGCUUCUCCAUUUUAACAUACAAAGCCCGCUUUCAUUAUUCUUUUUUCAAUCCCAUGACACCUCCUCCCCCUGGACCUCUCAUACAGCAAAGAAUUACUCAACAGGGAGACGAAAGAAGGCUGCCAAAAAAAAAGGAACGGCAAGGUCUGAGCAGCUGCUGUAGCAAUUGUAAGUGUAGCAGCAUACUGAGUGAAAAAUGGAUUUCAUAUUACCAAUUGAUUAAUUGAAUUCUCUCUGUGUUAGUCUGCAGUGUUGUUGUUCAGAUAGAAAUUUGUCCUAUAAAAAUGACGGCAGUGCAAGCCAACAUUUUGUGCCC